GCGCGAGGGGAAGAUCUCUGAAAAUAUUUAGAAAAUGUCAAUAAACUCUGCUAUUUUGACGACUUAGCCACUCACACACGGAUAAUGCUAUGAAGUACAGUGUAUACUGCUUGAAUACUAGAAACUGAUGCACUUCAAAACUUACAUAUAGUAUAGUAUACAUCACAACCUCACAAUGGCCAGUGACGAUACAGAACAGGAGACCCUGGAUGUAAACAACCUUAACUUCAGUGACCUUGACAUCACAUCUGAGGACUUUUGGCUUGAAGAGGUUGAUGUUCACAUACAAAAAAAUCUUGAGGAUGAAAUAGUUAAAGAGGCAUUGAAAACAGGAGUGGACCUUCGCCAGUACUCCAGAGAAGUUGAGAAAGAACUCCUUGAUGUUGAGAAUGCAUCAAUUCAAGAUUAUAUCAAAGAGGGGCAGAAUAUUGCAAGCCUCCACAAACAGAUUGCUGCCUGUGAUACUAUUCUGGAGAGAAUGGAGUCAAUGCUGCACACAUUCCAAAAUGAUUUAGGGAGUAUAAGCAAUGAAAUACAAAGUCUUCAGGAGCAGUCAAUAGCAAUGAAUGUGAAGUUGAAGAAUCGACAGGCUGUAAGAGGAGAGCUGAGUGAAUUUGUUGAUGAAAUGGUUGUCCCUGAAUCAAUGAUUACGCACAUCCUUGAGACACCAGUGACUGAGAGAGGCUUUUUAGAACAACUACAGGAGCUCAAUCACAAGAUCACUUUUGUCAAGGAACAGUCAUUCAAGGAAGCCAGAUCAUGUGGGGAUGUCAAGGACAUAUUAGAAAAACUCAAAAUGAAGGCCAUAUCAAAGAUAAGAGAAUACCUACUCAACAAGAUAUACACGUUUAAGAAGCCGAUGACCAACUACCAAAUACCACAAAAUGCCAUGUUAAAAUUCAGGUUUUUCAAUGAGUUCCUAAUGACGAAUGAACGACAUGUAGCGAGAGAGAUUCGGGAUGAGUACGUCGACACAAUGUCCAAGAUUUAUUACUCAUAUUUCAAGUCUUAUACUAGUCGACUUAUGAAGCUACAAUUUGAAGAGCUAGCAGACAAAGAUGACCUCAUGGGCGUUGAAGACACCGCCAAACGAGGAUUCUUCUCCUCUAAACCCUCGCUAAAGAACCGCUCCACUAUAUUCACCCUGGGUCAGAGGGGCGUUGUCCUGGCAGCUGAUCUAGAGGCCCCUAUCAUCGUACCCCAUGCAGCACAGAAGAAUGAGGCAAAGCAUUCCUUUGAGAGCCUGUUCCGCAGCCAGCAGUACGCCUUGCUCGACAAUUGCUGCAGAGAAUUUCUGUUCCUCGUUGACUUCUUCAUGGUGCAACAGUCGUCGGCCCAAGACCUCUUCAAUGCCAUCAUGGGAAAGACACUGUCCAUGUUUCUGAAGCACAUGGACACCUAUACUAAUGAUUGCUUCGACAGUAUCGCCAUUUUCCUUUGUAUCCACAUCAUCUUCCGCUUCCAAGUGAUUAUGCAUAAACGCAAUGUACCAGCAUUGGACAAAUACUGGGAAACAUUGCUGGAGAUGCUGUGGCCAAGACUUGAGAUGAUACUCGAGAUGAAUAUACAAAGCAUCAGAGAAUGCGAACCUUCUAAACUUGGACACAUAGAUGUUAGGCCUCACUAUAUUACACGUCGCUAUGCAGAGUUCUCCGGGGCCAUUGUUAGUAUCAAUGAGAAUUUUCCAAAUGACCGUGUUAAUAAAUUACUCGCCAAACUGCAGACUGAAGUGGACAAUUUUGUGCUGAGAAUGGCUGCAGAAUUCCCACUAAGAAAAGAACAGCUGAUUUUCUUAAUUAAUAACUAUGACAUGAUGCUUGGUGUCAUAAUGGAAAGGACCAAUGAGGACUCGGCAGAAUCAGAGAGUUUCAAACAACUAUUGGCUGCCAGGACGCAGGAGUUUAUAGAGGAGAUACUAGCGCCACAUUUUGGUGGGAUGAUGAUGUUUGUGAAAGAGGUUGAGGCCGCGGUGGAGAAAGGGAAUAUGGACUCACUCAAGAACCAGAAUCAAGAAAGGAGAGUCCAGCAGUUGGUAAGAGGGUUUAACAAUGAUUGGAAGAAAGCUAUUGACCUCAUCAACCAAGAUGUCAUGAGAUCUUUCACCAACUUCAAAAAUGGAACACAAAUACUCCAGGGAGCCCUGACCCAGUUGAUCCAGUACUUCCACAGGUUCUCGAAGGUCCUCUCUCAAGGCCCAUUUAGAAACCUGCCAAUCAGGAAUGAGCUCAUUAACAUACAUCAUGUUAUGGUUGAAGUGAAGAAGCAUAAACCAACAUUCUAAGACUAUAGGGUAAUAGGAGAUAUGAUGCAGGAUUUAGAUGAACUGCAGCAUGAUAGGUGUGAUGCAGCACAAUAAAGACUUGAUGCAGCACUAUCUAGAAGUGCUACAGCACAAUUAAGAAUUGAUGCAGUGCAGUCUAGAUGUGCUGCAACACAUUAAAGAUUUGAUGCAGCACUAUGUAGAGGUGCUACAGCACUAUUAAGAAUUGAUGCAGUGCAGCCUAUAUGUGCUGCAGCACAAUAAAGACUUGAUGCAGCACUAUCUAGAGGUGCUACGGCACAAUUAAGAAUUGAUGCAGUGCAGUCUAGAUGUGCUGCAGCACAGUUAAGACAUGAUGCAGCACUAUCUAGAUGUGCUGCAGCACAAAUAACAUGCAGCAUAGUCUAGAUUUGGUGCAGCAUGUUAAAUCAUAUGAUGUAUUACAAUUUACAACAUUUCCAAAUAAUAACACACACCCUAUAUUGCCAAUUCUUCACUGUGCCAAUUUUGGUUCGAUAAGCACCAAUAGAUUGUUCCGCUAAAUCCUGUCAACUUUUGAGGUAAUAGAAAAACUAUGAUAUAUCGGCUAAAUUGAUGAUGUCAUUGGUUCUAGAUAUAAAUCUGAUCAUGCAAAAAGAUAAUUUUUUUUGUUCAAAAAAUACAACCUAUGACAUCAUUAAGCUAGCCAACAUAUGACAUCAUUA